CUUCUCGUCAUACUCAGUGCCAACCCGUCACCGUUCUGAAGCUGUGGCACCCAGCUCCCAGCAUCUCCUCCUCCUCCUCCUCCCGCCCCCCUUUUUUUUGAUAAUUUCCUCCUCUUCCGUGCGCCCACAGCAGCAGCAGCGAAGCCGCAGCCGUCGCAACUUUCUCCUCUUCCUCUUCCACCUCCUUCCUCCUCCUCCACGCUGCCUCUUUCCUCAAGGAGUAAAUUUCAUAAAUUUCCAAAUUUCUAUUUUUCUUGUCUCAUUCCCUCUGUUUUGGUAGAUUUCAUCCAAGUAACUUCUUCUUUUUGUCCUUUUCCGGAAAGAUAUUGGGGGACGCCAAUUUGUAUCUGCCCAUUUGCUUUCUGGAAGGUUGUGUUUGUCUAGCUCGUCUAACAUGAGCUUGAUUAUUUAAAAGAUAUUCUACGGUACUUUAUUUAAAUAUCCUGUAGAGUUGCUUUGGAAACCCUCAACUGACUUUGGUCGUCAUCACCAGAAAAUAUUCAUCUCCUCCCCAGAUCCUCAUUUCGUUCUGCAGGUGGAACAUCUCCCUUGAAAAAGAAGAAUUCAUUUCAAUUUGACAUUCUCCUGUCGUCCUUUGUAGCACUACAAUAGAUCCUUCACGCCACAAUCUCUCCUAUAUCCUACGGCUGUAAGGAGUCCCGAGAACCAACACACCAAGCCUUCCAGAUCGGCCCCCGCCACUAAGCCUCUGGUAUCCUGUUCUGCAAUUUGAUCACUAUUAAGUGUCUUAUCUCAGUGUGUGAUUUAAAAGUCGUAUUUACAUAACGCCGUGUUGUUAUUAUUGUUAUUCCAUAGUGUUGAUAAAUUGUAGUGUAGUGGAAUUGUGAGAGAGAAGAAAAUAAGAAAAACUGUUGAGGAACACAGAUUUUCUCCUAGAAGAUUCAGAAGAAGACAAGAAAAGACUGAGGUCACAGAUCACAGAAGAAGGGGCAGGGUGCUGCUGCUGAGCAGUUCAUCUAUCUGACAUCCUCUCCGCCGUCGGUGCCUUCCGUGGUCCCGUUUCUUCAGCGACUUCUUCAGGCUGAGCAAAACAGCAUCAGCAGCUUCAGCAUCAGCAGCAUCAGGGCGCCUGCGCAAAGAUGGCCACGUGGACGCCUCGAAAUGCCAUGCGGGGUAUAGCUGUGUCACCAUGGGGGCGCCCCCCACCCCCGCCCUACCUCUCCCCCGAGUACCCGAGUAGCGAGACUUUGCCCUCCACACCUCCAGACUCAGACCUGGAUGAUGAGGAAGCCUCUUCUUCCUCCUCCUCCUCCUCCUCCACGUACCCAGUAGAGAGUGACAUGCCAAUACCCAUCUCCCCAUACGAGGAACCGGAAGUCGAGGACUGGUUGGAGCAACAGUUGGCAACCACCGGAGAGAUGUCAGUUGUGGAAAGACUCCAGUACCUUCUUGAUACGGGUCAGUUCGCCGACGUCAACAUCCGCGUUGGUCAGGGCAACAAUGUCACCGUUUUCAAGGCACAUCGGUUAAUCCUGGCUACAGCUAGUCAGCCCCUCUACAGGCUGGUCUACACAGUGAACCCCCACCCCAACCCGAAUGACGUCACCACCGUCAGAGUGACCGAUAUGAAACCGACUGACUUCGAACAUAUUCUGAAGUACAUCUACACAGACACCAUCGACUGCAGCAACAUAAACGUAGCCUUCGAACUGCUGAGGGCGAGCAAGAAGUGGGGCCUGGCCGGCCUGGGCAUCAAGUCGCUGAACUACCUGGAGGAAUUCCUGGACGAGUACGAGCCUUCGUCGGACGACAUGAAGACCAACCUCUUCGACCUCCUGGUCCUGUCAGAGCAGUCGCUGUGUGACAUGUACGAAAAGUGCCUGAAGGUCCUGGCCAAGCACUGCAACGAGGUCAUCCCCUGCGAAGGGUUCCUCAAACUGGAGAAGCCCGUCGUCUGCAAGGUCCUACACUACAAGGACCUCAAGUUCUCCGAUCACCUGAGACUCUUCGAAGCCAUCAGGGACUGGGGUCUCCGGUACGUCAACGUCAAGAACUUGAAGAUGUCGCAGCUGGGAGACGUCGUCGAGGAGCUCAUUAACAUCGUGGACUUCGAGAAGAUCGAGGACAAUGACUUCGUGACGACCGUCUUGACCUCGGAGUGUUUAGGGAAGGCCGAGGUCAUCGCCUUCUUCAUGACCCGUGGGUUGGAGAUUCCAAGAAACCUCGACUUCAACAACAACAAACAGCUCCCAUUCUGGAUAUGGUUUUGUGCCACUUCCGUGACGGAGGGGAAGACCAAGAAGGGUAGCAAACGAAAAUCCGGCAACCUGUCUACCGUUCCCGAAAGUUCACCCACAAUCUCCCUCAAGAAUGGAACGGUUUUGGCCUUCCAGAAGGUCUGUCGAUUCCGCAAAGGGUAUCGAUGCCCUCAGGAACAGAUAUACCUUCCACACGAACUGAGGUUCAGAGUCAGCAAAAACGUCAAGCUGAUUGGAGUAGGAUUUGGGUUCCUCUUCAGCUGCACAGACAUGGGAAUCACCAUCCACUGCCAAGGACCGUGGGAGACCAGGCAGUGGACUGAUAUCAUACAGACCUACUGCCGAGUUUCAGGUGAAAAACAAGAAACUGCCGACGUUCGUCUCAUGUUCUCCGAACCAGUCCGCAUUGAAGCUAACCACAGUUACAAGGUUAUGGUCAAAAUUGGACGAAUGAGUUCUGGAAGUUCAGAUGUUGAGCUUUGGGGAGGCACUGGUGCGCAGUACACGGUUGCGACAGAAGAACUUGACUUCUACUUCAUCAAGGCUGCAGUUGACCCAAAUACAAAAGUUGAGGAGCGAGAUGGUGAUGUUAAUCCUGGAAUUAUCACAGAGCUGUUGUAUCAGAUCGACACAGAAGACUACAGCAAAGAAGAUGCGAAGACUGAGGUUGUCACGAGGAGACGCCGUCCAAAGGAGGAGGAGGAGGAAGAUGAAUCCCAACAGACAUCCAAUGAAGCUAGUCCAUGGCGCAAACGUCAUAGGGCUGCAAAUAUGUCCCUGCAGACUUCUGAAGUGACGAGAAUUAGGCGAAGAGGUGAUGGCAGUGACUCUAUAUCAUAUACUCCUAAAAAAUCUCCCGUAGAGGAAUAUAAGCCUAUGAGUUUCUCAACUAACAGGUGGAGGACUAGAACUCGUGAUGAGGAAUCUGAUUCCAAUAAGACCACUCCAGUAGAAGAAUAUAAACCAUCAAGCUUUUCCACGAAUAGAUGGAGAACGAGAACGAAAGAUGAAGACACUGAGAAAGCCACUAAGGUAGAAGAAUACGAAUACAAGCCAACUAGUUUUUCAACCAACAGAUGGCGACCGAAACCUCAGGAAGAGUCUAGUAAACCUGUGGAAGAUUCUAGACCUACUAGUUUCUCCACAAACAGAUGGCGAACGAGAACGCAAGAGGAUUCUAGCUCAACUGUGGCUAAAUCCAAUGAAGAAACUCAGCCUCCAGGUUUUCUUACAAACAGGUGGAGAAACAAAUCACGGGAUGAAGAUUCUAAUAAGAGCACCUCAGACACUCCUUUUGGUACCAGGAAAGUAUCAACUGAAGAUAAAACUGACGUCAAUUCCACCACUAACCGUUGGAGAACUAGAUCUCGAGAAGAACCACCACAAACCAAAGUUGAGCUUCGCAAAACCAUUGGAGCUGACGAUGACAAAUCAAGUUCCCUACCAUUCCUGAGGAGAAGAGAGUCAACAGAAAAUAAGCCUGCUGAAUUACCUUUCAUGAGACGACGAGAAUCAACUGAAAAUAAAGUCACGGAAAUGCCAGCAUACUUGAGAAAAAGGUCAAAUCCUAUGGAUGAUAAUAAAACAGCAACACCAUUUGGCAGAAGUAGAUGGGGCAGUAGCAUUACUUCCACUACCAGUAAUGAUGAUAGUAAAUCUAGCUCAACAACACAGAGUCGGUUUUUGAAGAACAGUGAUAUAUCCUCUAAAUCUUCUCAACCAAGUGAUUCAUACAGAACAAGAGAUACUUCUGCAUCACGUUACAGUUCCAAUAGAGAGAUACCUUCAACAUCCACUCUUUCAAGGCCAAGUGAUAGUGUCAUUGGAAGAACCAGAGAAUCCUCUGUGUCUUUAACACGAGCUCCUUCCCUGUCAAGGUUUCGGGACUCCUCAUCCACAUCUCGCUUUGGUCCGUCAUCUACAAGUAGUUAUGGAAGCAGUUAUUUAAGCAGGUAUGAUUCAUCUUCAGCUGGUGACACUGGCAAUAGUGGAUUGUCAGACUCUAGCCCAACUAGCGUCAGUAGUAGAUACAAUUCAUCUACCUCAAGUGGGAAUACUCCAAGGAGGUAUUUAGGUGCUGGUAGUGAUUCAACUCUAUACAGAACCAGGACAGGUUCCAGUCUUGGCACUGGUGGAACCAACCCCGGUGUUAGCGAUAGAUACAGCUCCACAUCAAGUAACAGAUACACACCCCUAGGAACCUCAUCAGGACUGAAAGAUUCAGGUUCAAGUAGUAGAUUUAGUAUUUCAGGAUCUUCAAGACCUAAUGAUUCUGGAACUAGCAGUACAUACAGUACAUCAGGACUCAGAGGAGCUUCUGACUCUAGCCCUAGUAAUAGAUAUAGUAGUACGUCAGUGUCAAAGGGAACUACUGACGCCAGUUCUAGUAGUAGAUAUGGUUCAUUACUGUCUAAGGGGGCUACCGACACCACCUCUAGUAAUAGAUAUGGUACGUCAGUGUCCAAGGGAGCUACUGAUGGCUUCUCUAGUAGUAGAUUUGGUAGGUACAGCUCCCCAGUCAACACAAGAGGGACUGACUCUACCUCAAAGAGCAUGGGCAGUAGAUACGGCACCUCAGUUCUGUCUCCCACGCCCAGCACAACUUACAGUGGUAGCAAUAGCAGCAAGCUGAGUGCUGCCAGUGGAGCUGGUAGGUAUGGAAAUGAUAGUCCCACUGGUAAAUAUGGAACCACAGCUAAUAAAUACAGCACCAUAUCCAGCCGACAUUAAUAUUACUUGUGAACUAUAUAUAUGAUAUUGAUAGGGGUUUUCUAGUGUAAUUAAAUGUAUGUAACGAUUUGUAAUGGUAUAUUCUUCUUCGUCUCGACGUGCACAGCUUCUUAGCCUGAUUAAAUCGACAAUAUAGCAUAACCUUUAAAAAAAACGUAUCUCAUUUCUGUCUUACCUUCAUACUCUGUAUGUCUGUACAGUGAAUAUCCUCUUCCUGUCAACUUAGUAUUAGAACCUUCAACCACACCUUUCUUAUCUCUUGAACGCAUUCCGUAACUAAGGUGUUAUGUUGAAAAUGCGUUGUAUGUCGAAAUGCACGAAAGGAAUCUUUUGCAUCAAAAAAACUGUUGUACAGACACCACCCUAAUUACAAACGAGUUACCCUCCGGACUGCCGUUUCUAUGUUGGAUCGUUGUGUACAUUGGUUACUGCACUCUUCAUGCCUAUUCAAGCACAGUAUGAUAUAAAAUUAAUACAUUACCGUACUUCUUUUCAUCCUAAAACAAAAUACAUUGUUUGUACAGUACUGUAUGUUCAGAAUAGGAAGGGAAAACGAAAUCUGAACUUGGGGUGGCAAAGGGGGUGCUCUGAACACAAUUAUAAUUUGCCAUCUUAUUUGUUCGUAUCGGCGAAUUUUCAUAAGUAGGGUGGUGUUUGUACAGUAAAAUGUAAAAUGUAGCCCUUGGAGAUUAAAAAUGCCAAGUACAAACAUUUAAAAAUCUACAAAAAAAAAAAGUAGGGCUAAUUUAUUUAGUGACAUACAGAAAGGUAAUUGACCUUGACUUGUGUGUGACUUGUCAUCAAAGUCAGUCAGAUGAAUUUAAUAUGCGUUACAGGUGGAUAAAAUUAACCAGCCAUGUCUGUGUGCUACUCUCUCUCUCUCUCUCUCUCUCUCUCUCUCUCUCUCUCUCUCUCUCUCUCUCUCUCUCUCUGUUUAC